AUGUUAGUGUGUUGGGCAUCUAUUGAACGGCAUAUUAUUAUAUUUUCACAGUCAAUCUUUCAAAUUCGAUGGAAACGUAUUGCUUUUCACUAUGUACCACUUAGUAUAGCAAUAUUUUACACACCAACAUGGUGCGUUGCUGUUAUUUUUAUUUAUAAUUAUGUUAAUGAUUGGAAUUUUUACGAAUUAUUGUGCACGACACCAUGUUUUUAUGGAAAUAAAAUUCUUGCAAAUAUUUUACUUCUCAUCCGAGUUACAUAUCGUUCAACUCGAAUAAGGCAUAAUGCUGAACGAACAAAAAAUAAUCUAAUAAUGACUAUACAAUUGCUUACAAUUUCAGCACUUUUUCUUGUGUUUCGGUUACCAAUUGCAGUUACAGGUUUAAUUCAACAAUUCUUCGAUGCAACAUUUAUUAUCGAUAUACAAUUUAAUAUAUUUUUCUAUUUAAUUUAUCUUAUUCAAUUGUUUUUGUCGCUUGUUUGUUUAGUUUCUUUACCAGAAUUGAAGAAAACAACAGACAUGACAAUAAUUCGAUACUGGAGACAUCGAAAUCCGAUUAGUGAUGUAGCAGCUUUUCACGUUGCAUCGUUUAUGCCUGUUAUAAACAAAUGA